AUGACUUCAAGUUUUCAAAAAGAAAAAUGGAAUGAAUUUAUGGAAUUUCAAUCCCAAAUGCUAAAAUACCUUACUGCCAAAAUUGCCAGUACAGAAGAAGGUAUUACAGAACCAGAAGCUACUUUCUCGGCUUGCUUCGGUCAAACCUUUCCUGAUAUUACAUCCAUACCAUUACGCAAAUAUCUGAUGUUUGGGUUGAUUAACACCGGAUGGAAUGUUGAUGCUUAUGUUGUUGGUAAACGCAUCAAGCUCAAGUAUUCUCGUGCCAUCAUUGAUGCUAUUCACUCGGGUGAACUCGCUGAAACUGAAUAUGAAAAUUGGAAGUUUUUAAUUUGCAAGUUCAAAAAGCAUGAGCCUAUCCGGAUACCGUCUCCAUUACCACCUCCACCAUCGAAUCUUCAUCUGGAACAUUUAUCUAAUUGGACAUCAUAUAUGUCCAAAUCCAACAGUAAAAUUGUCAUGAGAUUUAGAAUCAGAGAGAAAGAACAAGCUGAUAAGAAAUCAAACGAAAAUGAUAGAUCAGACUCAAAUUAA